AUGCCUUGCUGUAAAGUUUGCACCGCCGAAGGCUGCCACGGGACCCAUUUUGGAACAAUUUGCUGUCGAGCUUGUGCAGCUUUUUUCAGAAGAACUGCAUUUUCAAAGUUAAGAAAUUCCAAAUGUCGAAGUGCAUCUUGUGAUAAGGAAAAAUCAUUUUGCAAGCCUUGUCGAUUACGAAAAUGUUUAGAAGUUGGGAUGGAAACUUCAAAUUUCCAGUACCACCGGGACAGCCUUCACGAUUCUGAAAGCUCGUCAGUCUUCAAAAAACUUGAAGCAAAACAUUCAAAGCAAACAAUCUCGAAGAUUCCUAAAUCAUUCGAAUGUUUUGUAGGUCGACCUGGCAUGAUCCUCUUCUGGGACGCACAAAAAUCUAAACAUCGAAAAACCUUCAUUGAUGUCAGCUACCUGCUGGAUGAAGCUACAAUGAUUUUUAGGCAACCCUCGGAAAAUGUUCACAUUUUUGAAAAUCAAUUGCAUAGGCUGGCGAUUGGAUUGAAAGUUGUCAGUGGAAAUACAAAAAACUAUAGAUUCCUUACAAAAAUUGAUCAAAGGGAGUUGUCCGACACGUGGCAGUGGCAGUUUCUAACUGUAGCAAAGUGGCUGACGCAUUUCAAGCAAUUUGAUGCUUUAGAGGAGAAAGUCAAGCUCACCUUACUACAAUCUACUUGGCAUGUCUGGUCCGUCCUGGAUCACCAUUUUGCUUCCGCAGCUCAUCAUAGAAGUAAUCCAAAUGCUCUGAAAACUCAUGCUGUCACACGCAGAGGAGUAAUGAUGGAUAUGACAAAUGUUCAUUUUGACGCAAAUUGGCUCAGUGGUUACCCAUCUGCCGAAUUGAACAGAUUUCUCCAUGUUCCAUCCCGAUUUGACAUCACAGCUGCCCUGGAAGCCCUGCAACCUACUGAAAUGGAACGGACAUUUAUGUUGGUCCAGCUAUCAUUCGAGUACGCUGGCAAACGGUGUCAAGGAGAAAUGCUUCAGCUCACAGAUUAUUUCCAACAAGUCCUAGCUACCGAUCUUCAUGAUUAUUAUGUUAAGGAACUUCGAAUGGAAAAAUAUUUUGAUAGAUUGGCAAAACUGAUGAAAGUGAACAAUGCGAUUCAGAAGAAACUCUGGGAGCAGAGACCACGAAUUGAGUUGGCAAAAGUUUUUGACCUGAUUAAGCUGGAAUUUUCUCACCCGGAAAUGUUCAUGGAUACAGGAUUCAAUUGAUCUUAGUUGUGGUUGUUGUUUUGAGGAUGUUGAUGAAUACUUUAUCUGAA